AUCAAAAAAAUUUAACAGCCUCUCUCUCUCAACCGUCCGAUCAAAAUACUGUCAAGUUCAACUCGUUUUGGUUCCGCUUUCUCGCUCGAACCACAACCAACCAAUCAAAAACACCUCUUUCUCUAUUUAAGCAACUCGUCACCCCCCUCAAUCGCCGCCUUCCUCUUUCAUUAGCAAGUUUCUUUCUUUAUCCAUUCUAUCGUUAAAAAUGGCAGGAACCGGGGUGGUAGCUGUCUACGGUAACGGCGCGCUAACGGAGACCAAGAAAUCUCCUUUCUCUGUCAAAGUAGGCCUUGCUCAGAUGCUCCGUGGCGGCGUCAUAAUGGACGUCGUUACUCCGGAGCAAGCACGUAUCGCCGAAGAAGCUGGCGCUUGUGCAGUCAUGGCUCUUGAGCGCGUCCCUGCCGAUAUCCGCACUCAAGGUGGCGUGGCUCGUAUGUCAGACCCACAACUUAUUAAAGAAAUCAAACAGUCCGUUACAAUCCCCGUCAUGGCCAAGGCCCGGAUAGGCCACUUUGUUGAGGCUCAAAUUCUAGAAGCCAUUGGGAUUGAUUACGUGGACGAAAGCGAAGUUUUAACUCCAGCCGACGAAGAGAACCACAUAAACAAACACAACUUUCGGAUUCCCUUCGUUUGCGGUUGCCGGAACUUAGGCGAGGCCCUGCGGCGGAUUCGCGAAGGCGCUGCGAUGAUACGGACCAAGGGCGAGGCUGGGACGGGGAACGUUAUCGAAGCCGUUAGGCAUGUGCGGUCCGUGAUGGGUGAUAUUAGGGUUUUGAGAAACAUGGACGAUGAUGAGGUGUUCACUUUCGCAAAAAAGAUUGCGGCGCCUUACGAUUUGGUGAUGCAGACAAAGCAGUUGGGGAGGUUGCCGGUGGUGCAAUUUGCCGCCGGGGUGGCGACACCGGCAGACGCAGCGAUGAUGAUGCAGCUUGGUUGUGACGGGGUUUUUGUUGGGUCGGGUGUGUUCAAGAGCGGAGACCCAGUGAAGCGGGCCCAGGCUAUUGUACGGGCGGUGACACACUAUAGUGACCCAGAAGUGUUGGCAGAGGUGAGUUGCGGGUUGGGUGAAGCCAUGGUGGGGCUAAAUUUGAAGGAUGAGAAGGUGGAGAGGUUCGCCAGUCGAUCCGAAUAAAAGAAAAGAGAAUAAUGGAUGGCUCAUCAAUUAAGCUGUUUAAUUUUUCUUUGUAGAAUAAUGGGGAAUUCAGCUGUAGAAGCCUGUCACUGUGGGUUGCAGCAUGGGUGCAGGAUUGUUUGUCUUGUGGAAACCAUUUGAAACUGUUUAAAUACUGUUGUUUACAUCCAGUGAGGAGUAGUUUUUAUGCUUGUUUAUUCUGGAUUUACUUGAUUUUGAACUUCUAACAGUUUACUUCGAAGAAAAUAAGAUUAGUUUACUUUUUAAA